AUGGCCAAGACAAGCUGCUGCUCAAGUUGGUUGCUCAUGCUGAGCGCCAUCAUCCUCCUAAUCGAGUGCGCGACUGCCGUCCAGAAAGCGGAUGAGCACACAGCGCAAGUAAAUAGUCGCAUUGGUCGAUAUGCGGCCACGACACCUUUAAGCCAUGACAUUGACACAGAGGCGACUGACAUAGCGGCAGCAACAACAACAACAACAUUGACGCCAUCAGCAACCACCGAGCUGCCGCAGGAAGACUGGCAACCUAUAAGCUUAAAUGCGACACCACCUGAUAGCGCCAAGAAGGUCAGUGGAGGCGGAAGAGCCAGUGAUUCGCUGAUGCUCCGCUUUGCACGCCGUUUCUCGACCGGGAACGAGCUCUGGGAUGGCAUUAUUAGGGACUGCUAUAUCAAGCCCAGCAUAUCGUGUUUUCAGAAGAACGUCUAUAGCUAUUUGGAUGGCGCGCUCGAUGCGCACGAUGUGAACGUGACACAAAGAUUCAAAUUUUACAGGAAUCAAGUGCAAUAUGAGACCAAGGACGAAGUAGACCCAACGACAACAGAGUCAAGUCAAGGACGUUCUGCAUCCACAUCUGCAGCGCCGGAAACUCCAAUUGAGGAAGUGACCAAUGCACUUUAUGGCAAAAGCAUCAAAUUUGCCAUGACACACGAUCUGGAGGUGCAGCUGCCGGAGCUGAUGUUCGAUGGUGCCACAUUUCGCAUCUCACCUCGAUCCAUCGAAGGCAAUGGCAUCAUUGCCAAGCUGGAACUCAUACCCAAGCAGGAGGUCCAAGCACGUCUGGCCGGAAAAAUUAUCAUGAAGAAAAUACAAAAAUUUCUACGCAGCAAGCUGUUGUUGUCAUUCCUCGCCUUGCUGCUCAUCAUCAAAAUCAUCAAAAUCAAGUUAUUCUGGUUGCUGCCGAUUGUCAUUGGCGUUGGGGCGGCGAAGAAGUUGUUGCUGAAGUUUCUACUCUUCCUCUUCCCGGCACUGUCGCAUCUGUUUAAGCUCUGCUCAUACUAUCAGCAGUCUUAUCACACGACAAAAUACCAUCAUCAUCAUCAUUUGAUUAAUCAUCAUCAUACGGUGGUGCCACCAUGGCAUAGCGGUGAGCAUCAGUCGGGACCGGAACUUAUCUACACAAACCCACCCAAAGGACAUCCGUCGGCUUAUUUGCAUGGAGCGCCAGUGCAUGAAAGCUAUGGACCUGGACCAGGCCAUGAACAUUUUGAGGGCGCUUGGGAGAACUCCGGACCAGGGCUGGGAUCAGAAUAUAUAAGCGAUAUUAAUCGCGUAGCACAGAUUGAGGACAAUGCGCAUUAUUUUAAGCCACAUACUGCAAACGACGCAAAUGAGUUGCAUGCUUGGGGCCUUGCCACAACUCAGCCGUUUGGGAAGCAACCACAACAAGCACAACAUCAGCGCUGGCCAGCCACACAACAACCAAGACCACCCAUUAAUACCGCUCCACAUAGACAACAGCAACAACAACAACAGCAAAUCAAUUAUCAAAAAGCACACGCCUCUAGUCACAGCUUAAGUCCAUUCCAAAAUCAGGAGAAACAAAGCUCAAGGCCACAAUUCGCACAAUCAGCACCAAGUCCUGUCUAUGUGGCAGGACCGCCAGGAUCUCAGGCCAUUGGGCCUGUGCCCGGCGGGGCAGCUGCACAAAUUGCGGCACAAUAUGACCCAGCACGCAAUAAUCAACAGCAUCAGCCGCAGCAACAACUGUCGCCCGAGCUGUCUGCACAGCUAAAGGAAGCCAUACGCAUACAGGCUGAGCAGAGAUUAAUUGCACAGCAGCAGAAAAUACUGGAACAUCAGCCAUUUGUGCAGGAUGGGCAGCCACUCUAUCCGCUCAACUAUGAUCCCUUCUACAGUCCCAUACUGUUGAAAAUCGAUAAAAUCAUUGAACAGCUGGGCGUUAAGAACGAUUUGUGCAAGGAGCGUGUGGUCUGCAGCAUGUAUAAGGAUCCGGCCAACUAUAGUCCGCACAGCAACUUUGUCUCCGCCGAGCUAAGUCGAGACACCAGCGAACUGGAGCCCGUAACGAAAGCGAAUGAGGCUGUGAAACGUUUCUAUCGCCUCAUACAAGCGGCGCGCGAUGGUCAGGAUCAAAAGGAUUGCGCCAGCCUAUAUCCACAGUGCAAUAUGCCAACGAAGUGA